AUGGAGAGCGUCACCAAGGCGGGGGAGAAGAAGAUCGCCGACGAGAUGCCUGACAAGUUCGGGCUGCUGCUGGACGGGUGGUCCCAUGGAACGGAGCACUACCUAGGUGUCUUCGCGUGCUACGAGACACCCUCGGGUCCGCAGUACCCUCUGCUUUCUCUGGCUCCGAUUGUCGUCGACUCUGCUGGUCGAUUCGAUGCCGAGACGCACAUGGCUGCGCUGGCUGCUUUUCUACCUUUUCUGGAAAGGAACUAUCUAACUGCAUCUUUUUGGUCGGAGACAAUUGUGCAGUGA